CCUCCUUGCCAUGACUCAUGCCUAUUGUGCCAGGCAGGGAGCACACUGCCCUGCAGCCUUACAGGUGGUAUCGACCGGCUCGGAGAGACAGUUCCCGCCAGGCUAGGCAGUGGAGCGCCGCAAAGCGCGCCUUCCCUCCUCCUAGCUGCCAGCCCAGCAGUUCCAACCCAGCGCCAGCAGGCCUGCUUGGUCGAUCUUCGAUCCAAAGAUGAGGCGCGGCUGGAAGAUGGCUCUGUCCUGGGGGCUGCGGUGCUGCCGCCGAGUACUUUCCUGGGUGCCUGUGCUUGUUAUCGUCCUCGUUGUGCUUUGGUCCUACUAUGCCUAUGUCUUUGAACUCUGCCUGGUGACUGUUUUGAGCCCAGCAGAGAAAGUUAUCUACCUCAUAUUCUACCAUGCCAUUUUUGUGUUCUUUACCUGGACCUACUGGAAGUCUAUAUUUACACUUCCACAACAGCCAAACCAGAAGUUCCACUUGUCCUAUUCAGACAAGGAACGCUAUGAAAAUGAAGAAAGACCUGAGAUCCAGAAGCAGAUGCUCAUCGAUAUGGCCAAAAAGCUACCAGUUUACACAAGAACUGGGAGUGGAGCUGUUAGAUUCUGUGACCGGUGCCAUUUAAUCAAGCCAGAUCGCUGCCACCACUGCUCUGUCUGUGCCAUGUGUGUAUUAAAAAUGGACCAUCAUUGCCCUUGGGUUAAUAAUUGCAUUGGAUUUUCCAACUACAAAUUCUUUCUUCAGUUUUUAGCUUAUUCUGUUCUCUACUGCCUGUACAUUGCUACAACAGUCUUCAACUAUUUCAUCAAAUACUGGAGAGGGGAAUUGCCCAGUGUUCGCUCAAAGUUCCAUGUUCUUUUUCUCCUCUUUGUGGCCUGCAUGUUUUUUGUCAGCCUUGUGAUUCUCUUUGGUUACCAUUGUUGGCUUGUCAGCAGAAACAAAACCACCUUAGAGGCCUUCUGUACUCCAGUGUUUACAAGUGGCCCAGAGAAAAAUGGGUUCAACCUUGGCUUCAUCAAAAAUAUCCAGCAGGUGUUUGGAGAUAACAAGAAGUUCUGGUUAAUACCUAUUGGGUCCAGCCCUGGUGAUGGACACUCCUUCCCUAUGAGAUCUAUGAAUGAGUCACAGAACCCACUGCUAGCAAAUGAAGAGCCCUGGGAAGAAAAUGAGGAUGAAAACCGAGAUUAUCCAGAAGUUUCAUCAUCUCUUGCUGUGGAAACAGAAACAUAGCAGUUUACAUAUUUCCUGCAUCUCUCAGGACCCUCCAUCUCCCAUGAGGCUUACAGAAUUCAAUGUUGGGAACCAUUUUAAUCUUCAAAAUAAGUCACCAUUGUGGAUUGAAAGCUUCACAAUUUAAAAGCAUUCCAUCAAAUAUUUGCUGUGCAGAUAGAUGUUUCAGAACUUUACAAGCUAUUUAAUUUACUAACUGAACCCAUUGAUCUGGUAGCAAUUAAUUCAAGACAGUCUUCCUCUCUUUCUUCAUUUCCCCUCCCCAAUCUGUAAAAACCUGAAUGUAACAUAUAUACCUUCCCAGAGACUCUUGUUAUUUCUCUUGUCGGGUAAAGAGGAAUUCAAAAGACUUCCAUGGAGUCUUUCACUCCCCUGGAAAGACUGUUAAUUAUCUUUAUAGGGUCUUUGUGGUAUUGAGGGGAAUCAGAUAUGUUUGCUGCUUGUGUGCCUGUGCAUUUAUAAGCAUGCAUAUGUGCAGCAUAUUUACACAAAAUUCUGCUGUGUGUUAUGAAAAUCAAGGUUAAAAAAUCCAAGGUUUUUAUUCAACUCUGUGUUUUUCCCUAAAUAGCAAUUUAAAUAUUUGCUGGGCUGUGAAAACCAUCCCUAUAUCAGGCAUGUAAAAUUCAAGAGGCAGAUUCAACACCCCAUAAUCAAGGUCCUCAAUUGGGAAUUGAACAAUGCAAAGCCUGUUCUCUGUCAUAAAUGUGUAAUGUUCCUGAAAGCACCACAACUAAUAGAGAAGAUCAGAUCUCCACUUUAUUAAAUAAACAUAAGUGUUUUAAGGA